CGUACGCAUGUCUGAUGAUUCGUGCCACAGAAGGACCUGCCUGACUGCCUGAGACCUUCAAGCUCCGCUCAUCCUCCUCAUCACAGUCCGAAGCUCUUUUUUGUUUUUCCCGCUGAAAGCCUUGAAGUAGACGCGAAGGGGGAGGAGAAAGCAACAAACAAAAACAAACAAACAAACAAAAAACCCAAACAUGCAGUACUGACUGGACCGAUGAUCAAGUGCUGUGUGUGCACUGAUUUCAGGGUUGCAGGACUACAAUAGCGAAAAGCCCUCCUUGCCUUUUAAGAGGCCACAAGAAGGGGGGGAAAGGGAAAAACGGAGGAAAGGCGCCGCAGUCCUGCAAGUCGGAGGGGGAGAUCGACACCGAAGAGAGUCCUCGAUCAUCGGGGGUCUCACCCAGAAGCCUGAGGAGCCAUGUCAUCCACGAAAAUCAAGAAGGAUAAGGAGAUCAUAGCGGAGUACGAGACCCAAGUGAAAGAGAUCCGUAACCAGCUCGUGGAGCAGUUUAAAUGCUUGGAGCAGCAGUCGGAGUCUCGUAUCCAGCUGCUGCAGGACCUGCAGGAGUUCUUCCGGCGCAAAGCUGAGAUCGAACUGGAAUACUCUCGCAGCUUGGAGAAACUGGCUGAGAGAUUCUCCUCAAAGAUCCGCAGUUCCAGGGAGCAUCAGCAGUUUAAGAAAGACCAGCACUUGCUGUCCUCCGUAAACUGCUGGUAUCUGUUGCUGAACCAGACAAGGCGUGAGAGCCGAGACCAUGCCACGCUCAGCGACAUCUACACCAACAACGUCAUCGUGCGCUUGGCUCAGAUCGGUGAGGACGUCAUCCGCCUGUUCAAGAAGAGCAAAGAAAUUGGGAUCCAGAUGCACGAGGAGCUGGUGAAGGUGACAAAUGAACUUUACACUGUGAUGAAGACAUACCACAUGUACCACACUGAGAGCAUCAGCGCUGAGAGCAAGCUGAAAGAUGCAGAAAAGCAGGAGGAAAAGCAGUUCAGCAAGUCCGGAGAUCUUAACGUCAACCUCCUGCGCCAUGAAGACCGCCAGCCGCGGCGCAGCUCUGCCAGAAAGAUUGAGAAGAUGAAAGAAAAGAGGCAAGCCAAGUAUUCAGAGAAUAAGCUGAAAUGCACAAAAGCCAGGAAUGACUAUUUGUUGAACCUGGCAGCAACCAAUGCAGUGGUGGCAAAAUACUAUAUCCACGACGUCUCCGACAUGAUUGAUUGCUGUGAUCUUGGCUACCAUGCCAGUUUGGCGCGCACCUUCAGGACGUACCUGUCUGCGGAGUACAACCUGGAGACUUCGCGCCACGAGGGACUGGAUAUCAUUGAGAAUGCUGUGGACAACCUGGACUCUCGCAGUGAUAAGCACAAGAUCAUGGAUAUGCAUAACCAGGUGUUCUGUCCUCCGAUGCGCUUUGAAUACCUGCCACACAUGGGAGAUGAGGUGUGCCAGGUCAGCGCCCAGCAGCCGGUACAAACUGAGCUCCUGAUGCGCUACCACCAACUGCAGUCUCGGUUAGCAACACUAAAGAUCGAGAACGAAGAAGUGAGGAAGACCUUGGAUGCAACCAUGCAAACACUCCAGGACAUGCUGACAGUGGAGGACUUUGACGUGUCAGAUGCCUUUCAGCACAGCCGCUCCACUGAAUCCAUCAAGUCUGUGGCCUCUGAGUCAUAUAUGAGCAAACUCAAUGUAGCCAAGAGGAGGUCAAACCAGCAAGAGACCGAAACUUUCUACUUUUCGAAAUUUAAAGAGUACCUGAACGGCAGUAACCUCAUCAUCAAACUGCAGGCGAAGCAUGAUUUACUGAAGCAGACGCUGGGAGAAGGGGAAAGAGCAGAGUGUGGAACAACGAGGCCGCCCACCCUUCCCCCUAAACCACAGAAAAUGCGGAAACCUAGGCCACGCUCCAUUUUUAACCAUAAACUGUUUAACGGCAAUAUGGAGACCUUCAUACAGGAUUCAGGCCAACCGAUUCCGCUUGUUGUUGAAAGCUGCGUCAGAUACAUCAAUCUCUACGGGUUGCAGCAGCAGGGGAUAUUUCGCGUGCCAGGAUCACAGGUGGAAGUCAACGACAUCAAAAACUCAUUUGAAAGAGGUGAGGAUCCACUGAUUGAUGACCAGAAUGACCAUGAUAUUAACUCAGUGGCAGGAGUGCUGAAGCUGUAUUUCAGAGGGCUGGAGAACCCGCUCUUCCCAAAGGAGCGUUUCCUGGAUUUCAUCUCCACCAUCAAGCUGGAGUCAGAAGCGGAGAGAGCCCAUCACAUCCAGCAGAUAGUCGUUACUCUUCCUCGGACCAUCAUAAUCGUCAUGAGAUACCUUUUUGCAUUUCUCAAUCAUCUUUCCCAGUACAGCGAUGAAAACAUGAUGGAUCCCUACAAUUUAGCCAUCUGCUUCGGCCCCACUCUGAUGCCCAUCCCGGACGGCCAGGAUCCUGUGGCGUGUCAGGCACAUGUCAACGAAGUGAUCAAGACCAUCAUCAUCAACCAUGAAGUCAUCUUCCCAAAUCAGCGUGAGCUGGAUGGGCCAGUCUACGAGAAGUGCAUGACGGGUGGGGAAGAGUACUGUGACAGUCCCCACAGUGAACCAGGAACCAUCGAUGAAGUUGAUAAUGGAACUGAGCCACACACUAGUGAUGAAGAGGUCGAACAAAUUGAAGCCAUUGCCAAGUUCGACUACACAGGACGCAGUCCCCGGGAGCUGUCCUUCAAGAAGGGAGCAUCUCUUCUUCUGUAUCACCGGGCCUCUGAGGACUGGUGGGAGGGUCGUCACAACGGCGUGGACGGCCUCAUCCCCCAUCAGUAUAUUGUUGUGCAAGACUUGGAUGAUGCCUUCUCUGAUAAUCUCAGCCAGAAAGCAGACAGUGAAGCCAGCAGUGGACCACUACUGGAAGAGAAGGGUUCCUCCAAAAAUGACGUCCCAUCUCCGUGUGAGCAGUCAGCAGAUUACAACUUUGGAGGAGUCAUGGGGAGGGUCCGGCUACGAUCAGAUGGCGCUGCAGUCCCGUGCCAUCGGAGCGGCGGUGCAGAGACCCACAGCCCAACCAGAGUACCUGACACUCCGCCGCGUGCUGCUGCCUGUCCCAGCAGUCCUCAUAAAAUAUCCAUUAGCAAAGCUCGCAUGGAAAGUCCAGAGAAAAGGCGACUUGGCACUUUUGGUAGUGCAGGCAGUAUUAACUAUCCGGAUAGGAAGGCAUAUCCAGAGGGCCACCCUCUGAGACCAGUGCCAGGGGCCACUCGCCACAGCAGCCUGGGGGACCACAAAACACUGGAGACCGAGGCUCUGGCUGAGGACAUUGAGAAGACCAUGAGUACUGCACUCCAUGAGCUACGGGAGCUGGAGCGCCAGAACACUGUGAAGCAGGCCCCCGAUGUGGUCCUGGACACCCUGGAGCCAAUGAAGAACCCGGCGAGCUCAGAGACGGGCAGUCCGCUUCACACCAUCAUGAUCCGUGACCCGGAUGCAGCCAUGCGACGCAGCAGCAGCUCCACCUCUGAGAUGAUGACCACCUUCAAACCCGCCCUGUCCGCCCGGCUGGCCGGAGCUCAGCUGCGCCCCCCGGCCAUGAGACCGACUCGCUCCGCUCCGACGCAGCACCGCUCGAGCAGCUCCAGCUCUUCGGGGGUUGGCAGUCCUGCUGUGACUCCCACUGAAAAACUGUUUCCAAGUAACAGCUCAGCCACAGGGUCCAAUGUCAAUGUUUCAGGUGAUACUGGGGAUAAGACUGGCAACAUGUAGUAGAAGUGGAAUCUGUUGUAGAAGGGAGAAAAGAUGAUCAAAACAAGAAAAUAUUCCUUAAAGUAGAGAAAAAUAUUGUCCUCACUGUACAGGAGUCUCUGGGUUAUCAUGGUGACAAAGCAGCAGACGAUGCUGUAGGGGUUUAUUGUCAUACAGCUCUUUGAAACUUGACCUACUGUGUAAAAGACUAUGUAAACUUCAGUUAUACCUCAGCUUCAACAGAAAUCUAUGGCCAUGCUCUCGUUUCAGAGAUUUGUUGAAGGCCAUUGAAGCAAUACUUGAGUGGAAAAAAAAAAGAUUCCCACUCGUGACAUCCAGUCCAGCUGAUGUUUUCCAUCUCUCCUGUAUGAUAACACAUCACAUGGACGAGUGUCAAACCACUAAAACACAUCCUUUGUUUACCGUCCAGGGCUCUGACCUUAUGGCUCUGCAUACAGGUGCAUCUUGAUAAGUUAGAGUAUCUUUAAAAAAGGAAUUUAUCUUAAUAAUCAUUUCAAAAACUAAAUUGUAUUUAUUCAUCACACACAGUUGUUUGUUUCUGUUCAUUUCUUAACAUGGUUGUGGCAUGCAGCUCUUAAAAACCCCAAUGUUCAGUUUCUCACAAAUUACAACAUCACCUUUGGAAAAAAAAAAAAUAAUAAUUUAGUCCAGAAACAUUACCUUGCUAUAAAGUUAGUGAAUAUCCGUCUUGGAUCUUUCAUUCUUCUUUUGUCUAUGCACUUGAUAUGCUUUGUGGUAUUUGGGCCUGAAGAAUUUGUUGGCUAAUCAAGCAAAUGGUGCCGUGACUAUCAAAGCAAGUAUUCAUACUUUUGGCAGGUGUGGAAAACUUUUGACAGAGUGGACCAAAACUAACAUUAUCAUCACGUAUCCACUUACUACCACUGACUGACAAAACCUCACAAUAGACCUCAAAUAACUUAAUGCGUUUCCUUCCAGUACCUUGUCCUUCCACUUAA